UCCAUCAUUGUUUGUCAUUGAAUCCGUCGUCGUCGUUUCUAUUCUAACAUGGCCGCAUGUUAGUUUCCGAUUUUUCUUUAUUGUUUGCCAACGAAAGAAUAAGAUUUAGUAGUGGUGUUUAGUUAACAUACAUCCAUUUGUUGUUAUUGAAUAUUUAGAGCAGUAAUUCGAAUAUUACUCGCUGUUAUUUUAUAUAAUCGACGCCGGUUUGAAGGUGCACUCCCAAGGAUCCCAAAACUAUUUGACCACUUCUAUUUUCCUUAUAGUAUUUUCAUUUAAUAUAACAUGCUUCAAGAACAUCAUAUGAGCCAAAGCGGUAUGCAGAGAAAUCCAAGAUUGGGGAUGCAGCAAAUGGGUCCACCUCCAAAUCAAAGAGCAUCCAUAAUGAUGAGUCUACCAGCAACUGGCGUACUUGUAUCAAUGCCGACUGGUCCGGGGCCGGCCUUAAUUACCACUGCAUCUAUCCCACAACAGCCUCAACCCCAACAAAAACCCAUGCAACAGCAGCCUCCAGUUUAUCAUUAUGAAGCGCUUCCCACACAACCGCCACAGAAUCCUCCUCCUAAUGGUGUGACGCGAAUGGUAAUCUAUAAGCGAACAAUCUAUUAACAACAUUGAGGGAGAUAGAUUUUUGGGUCUAUGUAUGUAUGUAGAACCUGAUCAUCAACAGCAGUCUCCACAUAUGAACAAUCAGGAUCAACAACAAAUGAGUCAACACAGUCCAAACACGAGUACUUCUUCUGCGCCCAAUCCUCCUUUGGCAAACAUAAAAGAAAAAACCCCCAUGUGUUUGGUAAAUGAAUUAGCAAGGUACAACAAGAUUCAGCAUCAAUAUCGUCUGACUGGCGAGCAAGGGCCGGCACACAAGAAAAUCUUCACCGUAACUCUCAAGCUCGGGAAAGAAGAAUAUGAAGCCGAAGGCCCCAGUAUUAAAAAGGCCCAACACUCCGCCGCCGCUAAAGCAUUAACCAAGACAGAAUUCAAGCACCCACCACCCAAAUCCAUUCUCAACAGGCCUGGUCAUCGACGACAAAAUGCCAUUGUUACUCCCACUGUUGAAUUAAACGCCCUCGCUAUGAAGAGAGGAGAGAGAGCCGUUUAUGUUCUGGAGGGUGGAGCUCCUCCACAUCAGGGUUAUAUGAAUCAACCGGGUUAUUUUCCAAGACACAGUUUGAAUUAUCCACAGGCCCAGCAAAGGUACGGUGGCUUCGAUGCGCGCCGAAACAUGAGGAACUUCCACUCUUAUGAUAACAGAUAUUACGGCCAGUAUCGACCGGCGAUGCCUCAUCAUAGUCAGGGAGAUCCUUAUUCAGUUAGACUGCGAGUUGGAGAUCGGGAGUAUCCAGGUACUGCUGACUAUGGACAUGGUCCAACUGUACAAGCAGCCCGUCAUGAUGCAGCCGCCAAGGCAAUUGACCAUAUUAAACAGUUAGGUGGCAUCGACAGUCCUGAUACAAAUGGUACUGACAAUGGUCACAUAGCUGACCAAGCGCAAACUUCUUUUCAAAACGAUGUAAAUUCUGAGUUAAAGUCUCCCAUAUCGCUGGUAUAUGAGAUUGCUUUAAAGAGAAACCUGAACGUCAUUUUUGAAGUUCUGAGCGAGAAAGGACCACCGCAUAUGAAGGUCUUCAUAACUUCAUGUCGAGUGGGCAAUUUUAUUGCCGAAGGGGAAGGGAAUGGCAAGAAGAUCUCUAAAAAGAGAGCAGCAGAAAAAAUGCUUGAGGAACUCUCCAAACUUCCUGCCCUACCCAAUAUGACUAAUAUAACUCAAUUGAAGCGAAAACGGGUUGCUAACAAGAAAAAGACAAGGAACCUCAUCAAGGUGAAUAUGGACAAACCUUCAGAGACCACUGAAGAGAUCAACCCGAUUUCCCGUUUGAUUCAAAUACAGCAAGCGAAUAAAGAGAGAGAACCGGUGUACACGGUUUUGGAAGAACGAGGUGCGCCACGUCGUAGAGAAUUUGUAAUCGAAGCCUCUGUAAAUGGUCAUUCUUGCACUGGAGUGGGACCUAAUAAAAAGGUUGCAAAACGCAACGCUGCGGAUGCUCUUCUCUCAGAUUUGGGUUAUACAUCAUCACUAUCGAAAUCGCCACAACCAAAAGCUGAGAAAGACGAUCAAUCUGUCAUACAAAAUGAGAAAAAUCGGAAAGUAACUUUCGUCGAAGAAAAGUUGGAAAAUCAACAGGCUCAAAAUGUGGGCGGCAGUGGUGGCCGACAGCUGGUUCCUGGAGUUUUGUUGGUAACUGAACAAAAUGCAGGGUUUUCCAAGCCGAAGAGUGAACCGAUGGAAUCUCCAAAGCCGGUCCAACCAGCUCCCCUCAAAAAUCCACCACCAGGCGUUCGUUCCAAAGAUCAACUAAUGUAUUUGGCGCAACUCAUGAAUAUUCAGGUGCAUUUUUCUGACUUUCCUAAAGCGAAUCAUGAGAUGUACUUGACGCUGGUUUCUUUGGGAACGAAUCCACCUCAGGUAUGUCAUGGGGAAGGACCCACCACUGAAGCGUCCCACGAAAAAGCUGCUUUGGAGGCUUUGAAGGUGCUUUCUGAAUUGGGUCUUGAUAUUGCCGCCAAUAAAGAAAAUUCCCAAAAUGAGUAAUUCAUGAACUGGUGUAAUCGUCACUUUGGUGAAUCAUUCGUACGUAAUCUCAACAUCAACAAUCAAAUUGGAUUCAUGUGCUUAGAAUGUUUUGCUGAAUAGAUGUUAUCUUGUCAACUAUAGCUUGUUUUCCAUUAUUCGAAUUAAAAAAAAAUCGUGUAAUGCUUUCGAUACGAUGUAAAUGAUCGUUUGCUUUAAAAAAUGUAUCUUUAAAUUAUUAUUGAAACUCUGAUACGUUUUUUAAAUAGAAUUUUAGUGAAUAAGAAAGGAAAUGCAAAACAGGCUAUUAACAUUUUCCUUAGUCUAUUCAUUUAUUGGUUCUAUGUGGCUAUAUCAAUGAACUACAUUAGUUUAGGAAAUUGGCUCACUAUUUUCCAAUUUUCAGGGAAAAAAUCCGGUAUGAUUUGUACUACAAUUGUUUAUAGUUUAUAGUCAUUGUUAUUGAAAUUUUCAUUGGUACAGUCAUGUUGAGCAAGGAGUUGCAUGUGGCCAUGCGACAACAAUAUGAAGAAAUCAUGUACAUUUUAAAUAACGUAGAAUUAUCACUUAACUUCUUAUUUAUGUAAUCAUUUAACAUAUUUAGAUAUAUGAAAUGAUUUCAUAUACACAUAAUUCUGGUUAUUGACGCUUCGGCACUUUAUAUUUACAGUGCCCACCGAAUUUCGUUUAAGUUAAAGGGCGACCGAAAACGAAAUCGGGACAGUAGUUCAGAAUUGAUUUGCUUCAGAAAAUUCAUUAAUUUAUAAAUGCUAGUCACUGAAUCUUGACCCAACUUUGUAGUGUUAGUCGGAUUUGCUUCAAAAUUAUAAAAUUAUUUACGGCAUUCAUAGGUCCGGAUUAACAUCCCUCUUUAAGUAGAGGCAAGAGUAAGUUUGAAGUAAAUUGCCUUCGGGUAGCGAAGCAGUCCACUACGCUGAUAAAAUUGUCAAAAGAGGUAGAAAGUAUAGACGCGAUAAAGAAAAAAGUUGUGCAUAUUUCAGGCAAUUCUGAUCUGCUGAUUCACCUAUUUGUAGAUUGAUUUCAUUAUUCUGGGGGCUUUGUGUUCAUAAAAUUGUUUCUUUUAUUGUUCCGGUGUAAUAGGGGUUAGAUGUGUUCAAAUGUGAACGAUUUUAUUGUUUUAUUGUAGCUCUAAUACGAGUUUUAAACGUUACUGUGACUAUUAAAUAAUUUAUUAAGGAACGUACCUAUAGUAAGCUAUUGCCUCAUUUGAAUUUGAAAUCAAUAAACAUUAUCACACAUUAA